AUGUCCGCCAGCCCUUCACGGCGUAUGGCGCCUCCACUCUAUUCGUCCCACUCCUUGGAAGGUAUGGAACAAGUGGUUCCACCGAAGAUGAUGUACUUUACACCGCACCGCUCUGAACUCCUCAUCAACAAACCCCUCCCCGGCCGACCAGUACCUAUCAUGAUGCUAGACUCUCCGACCGAGUACUCUGCAAUGUACAGCGACUCGGACAGCGAUGAGAGUACCCUCGAUGAAAGUUUACAAAGCCCCAGCAUCUCCUCCAGCUAUUCACGAGAUAAUCUACCCAUCUUCGUCCGCUCCAAUUCUGAUGACUUCACCAACUUGAAUGAUCGUCCGGCCCCAGAACGGAUCCCAGAGUCAUCCCCGCUUCAACCCCAUCCCGAGCGCACGGACAGUCCCAGCGAUAGCCCAGUUUCCAUCGACAUCGACGCUACCUCCAUUAUCCUAGGCACAUCAGCUCAUUACGGUCGUCCAGUGGAUUGGACUCGUACCAGAAUCGAUUCCAGUCAUUACUUUCGUGAAAAAACCUGGGAUUUUUUCCCCGAACUCGCAACUCCCAGUUUGACCCGCCCGACUACCGGCCGCGAAAGCCCCGCUUCUAGGAGGACCGGCAAGGAAGGCCGCUUAAAUGUUUCCGCCAAGCAACCAAAAUGGUACUCUAUGCAUUCGUCAACUUGGAAACCCGCUGUUCGGGAUUCGAUCAAAUCUUAUGUCAACAAGACCUUGGCAAGGGAUAACGAGGAAGAAAAAGAUACCCCGAAUGUUCGACGAAAUCUUCCUUCUCGCCGGUUUACUGCCCCCAUGGGCCCGCUUAGUACACACCCCCCAUCAAUUAUGGGUGACGACGAAGACUUCGAUGAUGAGUUCGACGAUGAGCCGGAGAUGGAUGAAUUCCACGCUCAAUUAGUUGCUACAUCGACAGUUAGCUCUAGCCGAACUGCUGCAUUCGAACAACCGCGUUCUUCGCCACUUACUCCGAAAGAGAAGAAGCGCGGCAUGCUUAAGAAACUACGCAGAGCUACUAGCUCUCCGGAAUAUUUCGCACAUGCCACUCCACCGCUAUCUGCACCACCGGUACCUAAGAUCGGUCAACAACACAAGCGCCAGACUCUAGGUGCUCUGCAGACUUCCUUUGAUGAUGCGAAGAAGAGGAUGACUGAAACACCCGAUGACCGUCGUCGCGAGCUACUGAAGUCUCAAAUCAAAUUUGUCGGUGCUGUUAAUCCACACCUAUGUGCACCGCACCCUGAUCCUUGGUCUCCUUGA